AAAACAACUUACCAGUCAUUAGUGUGCUGCUGUACAGUGCCACGUUUUGAGUGUCCUUAACUUGCUUCGAUAUCGUCGCAUCAACAUGUCUCUACUAAGUGUUACAGUGAAGAAGGCCCGGUUCGUAGGAGUUCAAGCGCAACAAUUCAACACGUACGUAACGCUGAAGCUGCAGAAUGUUAAAUCAACAACGGUCACCGUCAAGGGAGCCAAUCCGUGCUGGGAACAAGAUUUUCUAUUCGAGACGAACGACCCGAACACUGGACUUCUGGUCGAGGUCUGGAGCAAAGGGAUGAUCUGGGACCGCGCACUCGGCUACCACUACAUUCCCUUGCCGGAAGUGUCCUACUCCAACGAGGUCGACAAUCGUCAGGACGGUUCCGGUCAAUGGAUCAGCCUGGAUUCCGAGCUGGAGAUGAGAGGUGGAGAAGUAGUUGGUACGAAAACACCGACGGGACACAUGCUGCUGAUCGAUUGUCGGUUCGAGCUGCCUUUUGGAAAGUGUGACCCUCCGACCGGAUGGAAAUCUCUGCUAAGAAGCGAAACGGCUAUGAAGUUGAGAGCGGCUCGGCCCACGUGCGGCUCAGUUUUACCACAGUGUAGACCGACGGCGAACCGUUCAUUCGAAACGCGAUCGAAGCUUGACGUGAAAAAUUUUGCGAAGUUCGACUCGAACCGCGUUUGGUUAAUAAAAGCAGAGUUUGCUGAUUAUCCUCGAAUGAACGGCUGA